AUGGUCGACGCUCAGCCAACCGCCGACGAGCAGCAACAAGCUCAGCCGGAGUACAACCCUCUGAAUUUCCUCAAAUCCCCCUUCCCCGCACCUCCACCAUUCUGGAAGCACUUCAGCACCGCGAAUAUCUCUCGGCUCUCCGAGAUUCAAUCAUCUACCUCCUCCUCAGACUCGACGUCCGAUCUCCCUUAUGACCUGGCCCUCCUCCUUCCACCGCCAGCCCCCCAAUUCGGCGCGUAUCCCGCCUUCUCCCGCCCGAACCAAGUACACCCACAAGCCGACCCGCCUCCCGCCUCCAUCCUUCUCUUCGAUCCGGCCGCCCCGCGCUUCAACCCCGCCGUCACGCUCACCAAGCUCACCAAGUCGCUGCUGCUGAACUUUCUCGAGCUGACGACCAUCAUGGAAGUCAACCCGAGCGAGAGGCAGGACAAGAUGGAGGAUAUCAGGAGGCUGGUCAUCAACGUGCACGCGGUGAUCAAUAUGUAUCGGCCGCAUCAGGCGAGGGAGAGCGUCAAGGAGAUGCUGGAGGGAUUACUGGAGGAAGGGAGGCGGGAGAUGGAGGUUGCUGACGCCGUCAAGGAGAAGGUGAAGGUGUUUUUGAGUGAGGUGGAAGGACUGCGGAACGAGAGAGUGGUUGGAAAUAGGAUGCGUGAUCAUGUGAAUGGUCAUGGCAAUGUUGACCAGCAGGACGAUGACGAAGAUGAGCGGUUGACAGAGGCGAGGAGGCUAUGGAGGGUGGUUCACGAGAUUGCUGAAGAGUGA